AUACACCUCUGGUACGUCAGUACAGAGAUGCAACUCUUCACCCUCACUCUGCCUUUCAUCAUGCUCCUGACGAGAUUUCCCAAAACGAUUGUCAUGGUGCUUUUGGUGACUGGACUUGCUUGCAGCACUUAUACGGCCUUCCGAACAUUCUUCAUGGAUCUGUUGUACGGCGUGACGACUGGCACUAAUGAUGGACGACGCAUAUUCAAAACUUUAGAGGUUAUUUAUUUUAGGCCAUUCACCCAUGUGGCGACCUACGUUAGCGGAAUCCUGGCAGGGUACAUGGCUAUCCGAUACCAGGAAGUAACCAUAUCUCUUGUUGUGCAAGCACUGCUCUGGCUUCUGUCAGUGGCAGCAGCGGGCUUCGUUUUAUUUGUUACCCUGCCUUGGAACAGAGGAAACCUGCCGGGCCCUAUCACCAACGCUAUAUAUGGAGGUUACCACCGCCUCCUAUGGUCACUCUCACUUUGUUGGCCAUCUUACGCCUGUGCUACGGGCUACGGAGGCGUGAUAGCACGGAUGUCAUCAUGGAAAGGGUUCGUUCCUCUUGCAAGGCUCACGUAUGGCGUGUACCUUCUCCAAGGAGUAUUCCUUCUUCUACGAAUGGCGUUGGUAAAGACACGCUUCAACUUGGACGACUUUUUUCAGCUCACGAAUACACUGGGAAUCAUCGGCAUCAGUUACUACUUCGCAUACCUGCUUUUUCUUCUGUGUGAUGCUCCUAUCGAAAAUAUUUACGAGCACUUUUUCGGCAGCAAAGUGGCUGAAGCUACGCAGCUUGAAAUAGCUACUCGAAGGCCCGCCCAGACAAGUGAACAGAUUCGACGCCUUCCCUGA